AUGACAUUGAGCUCCUUUCAACGAACAUGUCAAUUUGAAUGUGUUUCUUCCAUUUUAAUUUGUCUUUCUUUCAUUAUAUUUUCCGUCUUCUCUUUCUUUCUUUCUUUCUUUAUUUCUUUAUUUCUUUCUUUCACUCCACAAGUGAUAUUCUGUUCUGAUCUUUAUUUUAUAUCUAUUCUUUCAUCCACUGCCUAUACUUUCUUUCUUUCUUUCUUUCUUUCUUUCUUUCUUUUACACCACACGUGGUAUUCUCCUAUUCUUUCUUUCUUUCUUUCGUUCGUUCGUUCUUCUUUCUUUCUUUCUUUCUUUCUUUCUCUCUUUUACACCACGUGGUAUUCUAUCUUCAUCUUCCUUUUAUUUUAUAUUUAUUCUUUCUUUCAUCCAUUCUUUAUUCCUUCCUUCCUUCCUUCCUUCCUUCCUUCCUUCCUUCCUUCCUUUGUUUUUUUUAUUAUAAACGUUUCGUUUAUAUAUUUUCUCUUUCUUCGUUCUCUCUUUCUUUUAUCAACAUUUACUUCCUACAAUUUUUAUUUUUUCUGCCUUUAUUCAUUAUAUCAAUAUUUUCUCUAUAAAAUGUGCAUUUUUCUUUAUUUACAAAACAUUUUUUUCUUUCAUUCAUAUUUUUCUUUCACUAUUUAUUUAUUUUAUUAUUUAUUUUCUUAA